GAAAAUGUCGAUAUGAAAAUCCGCACAUGGCUUUCACUUACAAACAGCACUCGUAUGACAGUGUAGUGGGACCUGUUAAAGGAAUAUACACACAGGCUCCAGGAAUUUCGAAGGCCCGUGGACACAGUAUGCUAGUCGCAAAUCGCCCAAAUUUCGUUACCAUACUUACGCUGGUUCGAGAUGCAACUGCCCGUUUACCUAACGGCGAAGGCACUCGUGCAGAUAUUUGUGAACUAUUGAAAUCUUCACAGUAUAUCUCCCCCACAGCUACCGAUCAAAUAUUGCAGACCAUUGUCAGCGGUGCUUUGGAUCGUAUGCAUACUGAGCACGAUCCCUGUGUGAAAUAUGAUGCAAAACGAAAAAUAUGGAUCUAUUUACAUCGAAACCGCACGGAGCAAGAGUUUGAGCGGUUACAUAUGCAAUACCAAGGAUUAUCCAAACACAAGAAAUCGAUUGUGAGAAAAUCGAUAAGACAGUCCCGAGAAAGUUUAACGACAGCGACAUCAAAAAUUUCAAACCUGGCUAAACAGCAUCAGAUUGACGAUACCGGUCCCAGUAGAGAUAAUGUUGCCUCAGUCAGUUCUGCUGUUGAAAUCCUUCGGAAUGAUACUACAGAGAUCAUCAAUGCAAUGGAUUCGGGCAUAGAUUUAAGUGCAGCUACGUCUAUUAUUCAUAUUCCAACAACUAUAGUUGGUAACACGGUGACUGUAGCACGGUCGACAACAUCGCUAUUGAAAAAACAAGUUCCCCUAACUGUAAUUGAUAGUAGCAUUGUCCAGCAAUCAUGUGUGGACACAAGAAAUGAGAAUAGAUCUUCAAGCAAUUCUCCGAGCCAAACUGAUCGCACCAAAAAGUCCAUUAAUAUCAUGCAAGAUCAUCAAUUAGUACUUUCAGACUCUGGCUCUGAUACAAUAUAUAAAUCUUCUAGUAAAUUGUACAAUGCUGUAACGUUAAUCACAUCUUCUGGAAACAAUGUACGAACAAUUCAGAUCCCAAAAUCUUCAAUAUCAUUAUCUAAUCGAGCGGACGUAGCAUCAAACCAUAUUACAGUAACAGGCAACGAAGCUUUAACAUCAGAACUAUCAGCACAUAAUACUUCUCCACAAUCUCCUAAAAAGAUCAUCGUUUCUGCGGUUGUAUCCGCUGCCAAAACCAUGGUUACAAGUACAGCGACUGAUUUUUCUUUAAAUCAUGGUGUGGAUAAUUUACAAAAACUGAAUACAAAGCCAAUAUUAGUACAAUCUGCUGGAACUGCAUCACCGAUCAUUACACCGUCCUCAUGUUCGUUUUCGAAAGAUGCUAUAAAAAUUAGCUCUGCCAUAGGCGGCACGAUAGUAUCCAUCCGCCAGGUAAACAACACAAACCUCGGUACGUUAGGUAAAAAAAAUCAAACAUUUGCGUGCGCGCAAUCUACUUCUUUGUUAUCUCCACAACUAUCAACACAAGCAAAAAGACCACAAAUUUCCAUGAACAGUUCUUCUAUGAUUGCCACUACUUCUGCAGCAAAUGCAAUCCGAACAAUCAAGGGUGGUACCAUAAUAUCAACCGCAAUAGAAAAGCCAAAUUAUAGCUCUUCAGUUACAUCAUCGACUUCAAAACAAAGUCCUAAUUCAUCUUCAAUGUUACAAUCAAAUCCUGCGACCACUGUUUUGUCACAAAAGAUGAUGUUAAGUUCCGCCAGGGCGUAUGCAUCAUCCGCCAGCGAAAGCAGUAAUGUCCCAACUGUAGUGGCCAUUAAACCGACUAACUCAACUAAUAUAACAACUGUAACAGAAAGUGGAACCAAUAGACCAAUCAUAAGGCCCACUGCAAACCUUUUUAGUACUAUCACCCUUACCAAAGGUCAGCAGUCCGUUCUAACGCCAGCAAAGCAGCAACAAAUAAUUCAAAAUUUUCUAUCGCAAAAUCAAAAACAGUCUUUAAUCACCAAACAAAUAGUAUGUACAACUGACGAUGCGAAACAAUGUGUAGGUGUAGGUUCACCAUUUCAGUUGGAAAGUCAUACAGCUGUUCCAGGAUCAUUUAAAAUGCAACACAAUUCAACUUCAAAUGUGAAACAAUUGUCACACCAAUUUGUCAAAAUUACGCCUACACGUGCGAAAACUCACUGUAUUUCGACGAUUAGACCCGUCAGUACAAUUGUUACAUCGUCAAAUUCUCCUGGACAUCCUUCAGCAAGCAUCGUAAAUCAAACGUCAUCUGGUGUGAAGAUGAUAAAAAUGCAUCACUCUACAAUGCUCACAUCCAUCGAACCCCAAGGGAUGUUGAAUGCAAGCACGAUGUGUGGAGCUAAUACGGUUACCAUUUCCGGGACAAAUAAUAUUGGGUCUCCGCAUCUACCCCAAAUUCUACCAUGCGAGUACUAAAAACAGCUACCGGAACUACGACUGUUAUUAAGACCGAAGUAACGCCAAGUGGAUUGUCUGAAAAGCUAUUAUCCCAAGGAACUCGCCACCAUGUU